UUCGUAAAAGGAAGAAGGAGGCGACUUCCAAAUUUUGAAUUAGUCCUUGUGGGAAAAAGAAGAGGGAAAUCCAUAACCUUCUGCAAGUAUUGAACACUGAGUAAUGGCUGUGCAGAUGCAGCUUGAAUCAAAUGCAGAUACUUCGGUGGAAGAGGAGAGCUUUGGCCCACAGCCUAUUUCACGAUUAGAGCAAUGUGGCAUAAAUGCCAAUGAUGUCAAAAAAUUGGAAGAAGCUGGAUUCCACACCGUGGAGGCUGUUGCCUAUGCACCAAAGAAGGAGCUAAUAAAUAUUAAGGGGAUUAGUGAAGCCAAAGCUGAUAAAAUUCUGACCGAGGCAGCUAAAUUAGUUCCAAUGGGUUUCACCACUGCUACUGAGUUCCACCAAAGGCGAUCCGAGAUCAUACAAAUUACUACUGGCUCCAAAGAGCUUGACAAGCUACUUCAAGGAGGAAUUGAGACUGGAUCCAUCACAGAGAUGUUUGGAGAAUUCCGAACUGGGAAAACCCAGAUCUGUCAUACAUUGGCUGUAACAUGCCAGCUUCCCAUCGACCGAGGUGGAGGUGAAGGAAAGGCCAUGUACAUUGACACUGAGGGUACCUUCAGGCCAGAACGGCUGCUAGCAGUGGCUGAGAGAUACGGCCUCUCUGGCAGUGAUGUCCUGGAUAACGUAGCAUAUGCCCGGGCGUUCAACACAGACCACCAGACCCAGCUCCUUUAUCAAGCAUCAGCCAUGAUGGUAGAGUCCAGGUAUGCACUGCUAAUUAUAGACAGUGCCACCGCCCUCUACAGAACGGACUAUUCGGGUCGAGGUGAGCUUUCAGCCAGGCAGAUGCACUUGGCCAGGUUUCUGCGGAUGCUUCUGCGACUUGCUGAUGAGUUUGGUGUAGCAGUGGUAAUCACCAACCAGGUGGUAGCCCAAGUGGAUGGAGCAGCCAUGUUUGCUGCAGAUCCUAAAAAACCUAUUGGAGGAAAUAUCAUUGCUCAUGCCUCAACAACAAGACUAUACCUGAGAAAAGGAAGAGGGGAAACAAGAAUCUGCAAAAUCUAUGACUCUCCUUGUCUUCCUGAAGCUGAAGCUAUGUUUGCCAUCAAUGCGGAUGGAGUGGGAGAUGCCAAAGACUGAAUCAUUGGGAUUUUUACCCUGUGACAAACCUGAAGUGCUGCAGCCUAAUGGAGAGGACUGCUCCCUGGGGUUCUUCCCAGGCCUCUUUCAGCUGUGACUGCCAGGAAAAGGCUUCCAGGAAAACAGCUAUUAUAUUGGCUUUUUUAUGGUGUAAACACGAGCAGGUCAGUAGUCACAAGCUGAUCUGAAAUGUUUAUUCCUUCUAGAGUGUAUUAAUCUCUCUGUGAAUUCUUUGGUUUUGGGGGGUAGGUAUGAAAUACCUUUGACAUCAUAGUGCCUUGGAGUUGACUCAGGAUUAACUGCUGUCUACUAGACAGUCUUAGGUCUCUUGAAGAACUAAAGCUAGGGAGGCAGGCAUGACUUCUCUCACUGUCUGAAUAAUGUUGAAAAAAAAAAAGAUGCCUGAGCUAUGUACAAAGAGAAUGGAUCUCCUCACAGGUUUCUUUUUCUCUGUUUAUAAAACUGUUAAGUCAGAAGCAGGUUUUUAAGUUUGUGUUUCUGAAUUAUCGUAUAUAAGAAUUCACUGUUAGAUAAGGGUAUGGAGUAGGCCCGCUGGGCCAACAGCUCUUUAUCACUUACUUGAUUUUUUAAUGCUAAGGCAAUUCAAGAGAGUUCUGGAGUCUUAAACAUUUCAGAAGCUCUUUAAGUAAAUUCACUGUGGAGCUGCUAAUAAAGUAGUUAUUUGUAGUAAAUGUGCUGGCUAGAGGAGUUACUCUGGUACAAGCUGUAUAUUUUAAGAUAGGGCCUUCACAGUAUUCUUUUAGCACUGGGUGGGGAAUCACUUAAUACUGCUUUAAAAUCGAAACUUUAGAAGGGAAGCUCCACAUUCAGAUGAUCCUGUUUAUUCUCCUUCCACUUAAUAGAGAUUAUUAUAAGAUGGCUACA